GCGCGCCAGUCACUACUCAGUCCGGUGUCCGACGUCAAACUGUUCAGUAAACGCACCGCCGCACGACCGUGUUCACUCGUGUUGUGUAGUCGUCACUCGUGCGUGUUUUUGUUUUUAUUUUUGUCGUCGAUCACAUUAAUACCCGAGCCAUUUGUUUCGAUUAUUGCGACUAGUUUUUUUUUUUUUUUAUUAUUAUUAUUAUUAUAAUUACAUAUUUGAUUAAUUGAAAAUUUUUUUUCUGUUUUGGUGAUCUAAGAAAAAAAUUGUUAAUUACCUAUAUUAAAAGAAAAAUUUUAAAAAUCUGGUGAAAUCGUUUAAGUCCACAGUAUAUAAUAAUCGUAUAUUAGUAUUGUUAUUAAAUCGAGUUUCGUGCGCCAGAUGCUCGCAGUGACCGUCGCCAGUGUUUCUCGUCGUCGGCGUCUCCAGGAGGAGGAGGAGUAUCGUCGUUGUUAAUCGCGCGCGUGUCGUCGCCGUACGCGGUGAUCUUCGGCGUGCGUGUUCGUCGUAGUCGUCGUCGUCGUCGUCUCACCCCGAUGGCUCUGAACGCCACUACGUGUUACAACAAGGCGGUGAUCGCGGGCUACGGGUCGUCGUACCCCAGCCCGCUGGCCGCCGCCGCCGGCGUGCCGUCCGCCCUGAUGGUGGCCGCGGCCGCGGGUUCCGCGAGCGGAUCGCCGUCGUCGCGGUCCGGGUCGUCCGGUUCCGGUACCGGGCCGUCCGGGUACCGCGUCAAGGACUUCAACGUGCCCCUGCACGUCGACUGCAGCGUCGAGUACGAAAUGCCCAGCUCGGCCAAGCCGCCGGUGGGUGGCAAGGUCGAGCCGCUGCUCAUGAUCCACCCGUCGUAUUACCGGAAGGCCGAGAGCCGGACCCGCAGCCUGUUCGUCAACAACAUGCCCGCCGCCGCCGCCGCGUCUUCCGGCCGGAGCAGGCCGUCGUUGGCCGCCGGGGCCGCGGUCGGCGGCGGUAGGUCGGCGGUCGUCUCGAACGCCGACGGGCCGCCGCCCGCGAAAAAACCGUACGCCGGACCGGCGCCCGGAGUGACCGCGUCCACCGCGGCCGGCGUUUACGGCAUGGUGACCGGUGCCGCGGCCGCCGCCGCCGGCGCGUCCCAGUGGCCCCCGCUGGGCUCCAGCGCCGAGCACCAACACCACGACGGCAAACGCACCCUGGACAUGGUCCAGCGGCAGUACCAACAGCACCUGCAGGCCAGUCUGCCGCCCCCGAUGAUGACGGCCGCCUUGCCCACCGACAAAACCCACAUGACAGUGCCGAAAGGGUGUUCUUGCUGCCAGGCGAAAUUAUUAAAGCGCAAAGCCCAACAACAACCGUCGGUGCCUCAACAACAACCUCUACAACAACCACAGCAACACCAUAUCCACCAUCACCAACAACAACAACAACAACUACAACAACAACAUUUACCACAAUCAUCUCAUUUACAACAACAACAACAACAACACCUCCAUCACCACCAACAGCAGCAGCAGCAGCAGCAGCAACACCAUCAACAUAUCCAUCAUCAGCAACAGCAGCAGCAACACCACCAUCAUCAGCAGCAACAGCAACAGCAACACAUCCAUCACCAUCACCAUCAUCAGCAGCAACAACAGCAACAACAACAACAACAACAACAACAACACCAAGAGUACCACAAGUCGAGGCAAAACGAACCUACGACUCCACAGCUUUGGGGUUUUAACGGUACCAUCGCAGCAGUGUUGCGCAACGAGUACAGUGGCAAACCGACGAAAACGUUGGGACGUAUCACCGACCCUAUCAACAACAUCCUGACGCCCACGUACAUGUUCUGAACGUCGUCGGAGUUGAUAAGAUAUUUUUAUUAUAUUUUGUGAUAGUUAGACUGUUAAAACAUUUUUUUUUUUUUUUUAAUAAAAAACCGCGUUCAGAUCGAAUAGAUCUACGAGAAAAAUAUGAUAUAAUAACUAGGUAUUGGACGUGUUAACGGUGAAAUCAAUAAUAACACACGCACACACCUACCUAUAUAUUAUAUAUGUUAUCAUUAUAAUUGUAAUAUGUCAUGUACGCGCGCGUUUAGCGUGUCGUGUAUAUAAACAUAAUAAUAUUAUACAUAGUUGUAGACCGCGACGAGAAUAUAUAUAAUAUAAUAUAUAACGACGAUAUAAUAAUAAUAAUAUCAUUAACCAAAAAUCUAAAAAAAAAAAAAAAUAAUAAUAUUUAUAUAUAUUAUAUAUAAUCUAUAUUGUAUUAGCGUUCGAGUUUUCACCUGUUUUUGCUUGCACGUCGUAAAACAAUGUAAUGCGUUGUGAUCAUAUUAUAUAUUGUUAUUAUCAUUCGUAUUAUACAUAAUAAUUAUUAUGAUAAAAAAAAUACACACACGCAAACAUUUUUAUAUUAUAUUCAAAUUAUUUAAUGCAUGUAUAUUGUUAUGUAUGCGCGUGCAGCGAAAACAGCGUCCGGCCAAACACCACGGUGUGGGGCGGGGGUGUCGUGUGUCCGCCGCGUGGUAAUAGUUGUCAAACGUGAGAUUUUAUUUUGUUUUUAGCGGACACCCCCUCCUCACGACCGCCGGACGUCUGGAACGUAGAGGUAUACGUUUAAUAUUGUAUAUGUUUAACUAUUUUUUUAUUAUUUAUUUUUCGAAAUACGACGCACGGAUCAGGCGGUAGAAACGUGCGUCGUCGUCGUGUACAAAUAUUAUAUUAUAAUAAUAUAUAUAUACUAUGAUGAUUCCAA